AAAGAGAAGCUAGGGUUCCAGUAAUGGCGAUCUCCUCUCCCUCUUCAAGCUGAUACCAAAAAGCGUCGAAAUUUCUUUAGUUGUAAACUAGGGAGUCUAUGAGUGCACAAAGACAAAAAAAUUUCUAGGUUUUUUUUUUUUUUUUUUGAGAAUCCAUGUGGUGGCGACGCGCAUCACUUCUCCGUGCCCAAUUAGUUGAGAGGACUUCAUGUAAGCCCUCUUCUCUCCUCCAUCGCUACUCGGAUGCAGCUCACACGAAGGGAAAGGCCGCUCCUUUACAGGAGAGAAGAAUGAGGGAUAGGGUUCGAAUAUGGGCCAAGGGAGGCGAUGGAGGAACUGGGUGUUGGAGUUAUCGACGUACUCGAACCGAUCGAUAUGGGAAACCUGAUGGUGGUAAUGGUGGAAGAGGAGGUGAUGUCAUUCUGGAAUGCUCUUCAGCUAUUUGGGACUUUAGUAAUCUGCAACAUCAUUUGAAUGCAAAGAGAGGGGGGAAUGGAGUAUCAAAGAACAAAAUUGGCAGUCGUGGAUCUGACAAGGUUGUGCAAGUGCCAGUUGGCACUGUAAUUCACCUAGUUAGCGGUGAAGCACCUUCAUUUGUUGAGAACAUUUCAGUUAAAUCUUUACAGCCCUGGGAAAUACCAGAAACCGAUGAAGCUGGCAAAUCUAGAUCUUUUCAGCCGAGUAAUAGUAGUGUCUUGGAUAAAGGUUAUGGCAGAAAUUCAGGUGGUUCUCAUCGUAAAGCUUUUGAAACCCCCAGAGAGAAAGCAGACCUUAAACGCUCUCAUUCUCAUUUUGAAUCAGACAGUAGAAUGUUGAGAGUUGAAGAAUACGGUGAUGAUGAAAUUGAAAUAGAAUUUGAACAAACCCCCAAAGAAAAAGCAAGCCGUAAACACUCACUUUCUCCUUACGAAUCAGACAGUGGAACGAUGAAAGUUGAAGAAUAUGGUGAAGAUGAAAUUGAUAUAGAAUUUGAAGGGAAGAGUAAUAGUAGCGUCUUGGAUAAAGAAACUACUGGUGAUUCAUCUUUAGCACAAUAUAAAGGUAAAGCUGAAACCUCCGAAAGAAAACCAAAAGUUAAGCGCUCUAUUAAAUAUUAUGAAUCAGAUGGUAGAAGGAUGAAGGUUGAAGAAUAUGAAAUAGGAUUUGAUGAUGAAAGUGGUGAGGGAGAUGAUGAAGAGUACUCAGAAGAAUAUGAGGAAGAAGAAGUGGAGGAGGAAGUGGAGUGUUCAGUUGCAGAACUAACUAAGCCAGGGCAAAGAUUAGUAGUUGCCCGAGGAGGAGAAGGUGGUCUCGGCAAUGUUGCUGUUAGAAAAAACCCAAAAAAUAUCAAACCUCACAGAAUUGACCAACACAAUGAUGACUCCACCGAUAACGAGCUUGAGGAUGAUGAGAAUAAUUCCUCACUUACCGCCGGUAUACCUGGCUCUGAGUCUAUUCUCAUACUAGAACUCAAGAGUAUUGCUGAUGUGGGUCUCGUUGGAAUGCCUAAUGCCGGUAAAAGCACACUUUUAGGGGCAAUCUCUAGGGCUAAACCUACCGUUGGUCACUAUGCUUUCACUACAUUAAGACCCAACAUAGGAAAUUUGAACUAUGAUGAUUUUUUCUCUGUCUCAGUUGCUGAUAUCCCCGGGCUAAUAAAAGGGGCACAUGAAAACCGAGGUCUAGGGCAUGCUUUUUUACGCCACAUUGAGCGUACUAAAGUCUUGGCUUAUGUUGUAGAUUUGGCGGCGACUUUGAAUGGUGGAAAGGGGAUUCCGCCAUGGGAGCAACUGAGGGAUUUGGUUAUGGAGCUCGAGUAUCAUCAAGAGGGGUUGUCAAAGCGUCGGUCAUUGAUAGUUGCUAAUAAAAUCGAUGAAGAGGGUGCGGAGGAUGUUUAUGAAGAAUUAAAGAGGAGGGUGAAAGGUGUUCCUAUAUUUCCAGUUUGUGCCGUGUUGGAAGAGGGAGUACCAGAAUUGAAAGAUGGGCUUAGAAGGCUAAUGGAUGGAAGUGAGUCACAGUUUCUUGAUAUUGAUAGGAUUAUGGUUGAUUAAAUUUUUUUUUCCCGAGAGUAUCCAAACUUUCCAUGAAGCACUUGGAUGGUGAGGAUCAAGUGCUUGGACAACUUUGUAUUCAUUAAUCGAGUAAUAAUUAUAAUAAACAAAUGGAAUGAGAGCUGAUCGUCUUGAUGGUUGGAGUUACACUGAGCCUGGGUGAAGACGAGGAAAGGGAGCACUUGAUGAAUAGCUGCUGAAUCUUUCCGAGAUGAGGAGGAAAUUUUCUUCAAAUAUUGACAUCAUUACUCAAUCCUCAAAACUUUGUGUGUAUUUUUUUUUCAUAAAACGAAAUGAAUCAGGGUCCAAUCCUGGUCACUUUUUGAUCUCA